AUGUCGGUCCAAUAUGGGCAGGAGAGUGUCAAGGAUCUCAAAUAUCAUGGAGCUUAUGUGGAGAGUCUAGAUAAUCAAACAUCUUUACAUCUUGCUGCUUCACUCGGACCUCUUAAAGCAGCGAAAUAUGUACCCAGCUACUCUGCAUUAUACGGUACUGCUCAGAAUCUGAAUCAUCUUGGUAUCGCCAAAUACCUUUCCAGUCAAGGAGCUGAGGUGAAAAGGGGAUGUGAGGACGGUUGGACAGCAUUACAUAGUGCUGCUUUCAAUGGUCAUCUUGAUGUCAUGAAAAACCUCACCAGUCAGGGAUCUGAGCUGAAUAAGGGAGAUAUUGACGCUGAGGUGAAUAAGAGAGGAGAUAAUGUGGGUGUGACUGCAUUACACAAUGCUGCUUUCAAUGGUCGUAUUGAAGUCACCAAAUAUCUCAUCAGCCAAGGAGCAGAGGUGAAUGGGGGUGAUAAUGGCGGUCGGACUGCAUUAAACCGUGCUGUUCAGGAGGGUCAUCUUCAAGUCAUCAAAUACCUCAUCAGUCAAGGAGCUGAGCUGAAUGAGAGCGAUAAUAAAGAUGGGACUGCAUUACACGUUGCUGCUGGGAAGGGUCAUCUUGAUGUCACCAAAUAUCUCAUCAGCCAAGGAGCAGAGGUGAAUACGGGAGAAAAUAAAGCUGAGGUGAAUACGGGAGAUAAUGUGGGUAGCACUGCAUUGUACUAUGCUGCUUUCAAUGGUCAUCUGGAUAUCGUCAAAUAUCUCAUCAGCCAAGGAGCUGAGGUGAAUAGGGGAGAUAAUAACGGAUUGACUGCAUUACAUGCUGCUGCUCUUCAGGGUCAUCUUGAUGUCACCAAAUAUCUCAUCAGUCAAGGAGGCGAGCUCGACCAGAAUACGGAUAUCCAUCUUGCCAUCCAACACGGUCACAUCUCAACCAUUGAGAAGUUAGUUUCCGAGGGAGCUGAUCUCAAUAUCCAGUCUCCUGACGGACAGACCUGUCUCCAUAAAGCCAUUAAACUCUGCAAUAGCAGCGAGAAAAUCGUGCAAGACAGUGAAACGCUGAGAAAGAUCUCCGAAGAGCAUUACGGGGGCGAACUAUCUCCUGAGAAGGCCUUGGUGUUUUAUCUCCUAGAGAAUGGAGCUAAGUUAGAUGUGAAGGAUGAGAGAGGCAAUCUACCAAUCCAAUAUGCCGAGGAUGAAGUGGUCAAACAGAUGAUUUUGUCGAGGUGA